AAAAAUUAAAGAUUUAAAAAAAAAACUUUCUGUUUUUGUUAUUGCUGAAUGUGCUGUAUUUGGUUAAGCUUCCCUUGUAAAUAUUACAGUGUGAUGUUAGUGCGAGUUAGGGUGAGUCAAGACACCCAUUUCUUGAUGAAUAAAAUUCUUAAUUCAACAAAAAAAAAAAACCUAAUCACCAUCACAGACUUCUACAGGUGAUCAACAUCCUGUAAAGCAGCAAUGCGAGAUGUCGUUCUAACUACUCAAUUACCACGUUGUAACAUCUUAAUAAGCAUUCAUUUGUACCAUGUUCUAAGGCUACACUACACUUCUCUGCACUGAUUUCCCCCCUGUAUUAAGUCACCAACAUAGAUUAGAAACCCAGUUGCAGCUGCUCCUCCCCCGUCGGGAAAAAGGUGAACGAGGGUGGCGUAGAAGAUAGUAAAACAGAAAGGAGAUCACAUGGUUGCAAUUGCCGAUACACAUGGGGCCUUCCCCAAACCUGCAUUCAUUCCCAUCUUCCAUGGCUCCCCGGCCGGCUCCUUUAUUAAUCCGGAGAACUAAAUGAUCCCCACUUACCUCAAUUCUUCCCAAUCACCCUGAUUCUGCCGCUUCCAUGGCUGGCCUGCCUCUCAAAUUCAUGGCGGUGAGAGACGCCACCGGGAUUCUCAUCCUCGCUCUUCUGAUCACAGCACUAACUUCAUCAGUGGGCGUUUCUAGAGCUCAAAUUUCGUGCUCAAUGUGCUCUGAAUGCGAGAACCCAUGUCAACCCCAACCGUCGCCUCCGCCACCAUCCCCUCCGCCGCCGCCUCCGUCUCUACCGCCACCGGCAAUCCCAUCCAACGACUGCCCCCCGCCUCCAUCGUCUUCUUUUUCGGGUACCGUGCCCACAUAUGUCUACCCUUCUCCGCCGCCUCCGAACCUAGUCGCCGCCGGCGGUGGUGGUGGUGGGUAUGGGAACGGUAAUUACCCGGGUGCGGAGUGUCCACCUCCGCCUAAUCCAAUACUUCCCUACUUCCCGUUCUAUUACCGGAACCCUCCGGCAGCCCCCAAUUCUGCUUUUGGUCAGAGCACUGGUUUGAUUACGCGUUUCUUUCCUCUUGUCGUUUCUCUAUUCAUUUGCUCCUUCCCGGUUUUGUAAUUACUAAUUACCCUGCUCCCUCUACUCUUCCUUGUAAGUUCAAAGAAUAAAAUACAGAGAUUGUUACCAUCGAGCUGGACUCGUUUCUUUUUCCCUUUCUCAGUUUAUCGAUAUUAUAUUAAACUAGUUUAUUAGUUUAAGUCAAAUAAUUUACAAAAUUGUUCAGAAAAGAUAAAUUUGUAAGUUUCAACCAUAAUACAAAUUUACAUGAAAUGAAAGGAAUGAUCAUUACAAUAGUCUUGUAAAAUUUAGAGUACCAAUAGCGAUUCCUCUCCUAUCCUCGAUGGCUUCAUCAAUAAAAUGAGAUUGAUAAC